AUGGGGAAGAAAAGAGUUGCGCUGAUAAUAGGGUACAACGGAAUUGGGUACAGGGGAAGCCAGAUAAACAAGGACGAAAACACAGUGGAAAAAACAGUUUGCGACAGGAUAGCGGAGCUGCGGUACAUCUCCGAGAGAAAUGCGGAGGACUACUCGAAAGUCGGCCUGCAAAGGUCCUCGAGAACGGACAAGGGCGUGCAUGCAGCGAUGCUGGUGCUUUCCCUGAAGAUUGAGGUCGACAAAGAGAGAAACAGCCGGGACCUGGAGAUGAAGCUCCGAGAGGCUCUGGCUCCGCACGGGAUACACCUCCACAGAGUGGUCGAGACUACGAAGGGAUUUGACCCAAAGGCCCGCUGCGAGUCUCGGGUGUACGAGUACUUCGUGCCUGAAGAGGCGUACUCCCUGCCGGAAGACACUGCAGAGAAGGUCUCCGAGAGGAGGGCCGUGCUCGUGAAGGCGCUGAAGUCCCUCGAGGGCACGCACAACUUCCACAACUUCACAGCGCAGAACCAGGAGAAAGGCCCGAAUCGGUACAUAAAGGAAAUAUCCGUGGAGGCUAUUUCGUAUGGAAAUAGUCGGUGGGAGAGAGUGACCCUGCACGGACAGAGCUUUAUGAUACACCAGAUCCGGAAGAUGAUUGGGUUCUCGGUUCUUUGCGCGCGGAAAGCUGCCUCUGAGUCGGACGUGGGGCGGUUUCUCUCUCUCGUGUUCUGCCCCGAGAAAAGAAACAUCCCGAAAACCCCCGGGGAGUUUCUUCUGCUGUCGCACAGUUACUUCACGAACUACAACGAGCGCUUUGGAGGGGAAAGGGGCGGAGCAAUAGACAGUGCCGGGUGCGAGGAGUACAAGAGAGCUGAGCUGUACCCGAUUGUGUGCACCCGGGAGAAUGCAGACAAGUUCAGGCAGUGGCUGGAGGUGCUUGACAAGCACCCGGAGGAGUUUGCGUACAUGGAGCUGCCGUGA